AUGCCAUUGUGGCUCGUGUUCCAUCCACCUAACACCUUCGACACCCAAGACGCAAAGCAAGCACUUGCGAAUGAUAUCACUAAGAUUUAUACCUCAGCUGGAUUACCUGCCUUUUACGUUACCGUCCAGUUCAUUCUGAGCCCAACAUCGAGUUGCUUCGUUGGAGGCAAACCGGAAACGGAACGCCCGUUCAUUCGCAUCUCCGUCGACCACAUAGCGGUGCACAGCAACAAUGAUACCGGUAUGCAUGCACGUAUCACGGCGCGUGUGGACGCGGCAUUGAAGCCACAUCUGGCGGAUAAGGGCUAUGACUGGGAGUACCACAUCGAUGAGACGGCACGUGGUCUGUGGAAAAUUAAUGGCCUGGUCCCUCCACCGUACAAGAGCGAGGCUGAGCAGCUGUGGGCUUCAGCGAACAAGGCGAGCGUGUGGGAAAAGGGACGAUUGUAG